AUGAGUGCGCGACUUACAGACUUGCUCAACGGUGCCGCUGCAGCGACGGCGCUGGGCGUGGCCAGCCGCAGUGGUUUGCUGCCAAAGCUCAGCACCGCGCCUCAGACCGUCGCUGCCAUCGCCGAGUCUGCCGGGUUAAAUCAGCGCUAUGUGGAGGAGAUCAUGGCCAUCCUGGCCUGUAGCAAGAUUGUCAACCUCUCUGAGGAGUCCCCACCAAAGUAUCACCUCUCGGAAGAGACCAAGUCUGCCCUUGACAGCAUGGGCCUGUACUUCGAGGAGCUGCCGCUCUUGACCAGAUGUGCUUUCGAGGAGGUGGUGGAGGCCACUCAACGUGGCGGCGGCGUGCCGCCUUCCUGUUACGGGCCCUUCGGCGCUUGGAUGGGAAAGCUGGCCGAUGGCAAGCACGAAAAGCUGCUGGUUCCGAAGCUUCUGCCGCUGCUGGCAGGAGGAGAGAUCUUCAAGAAGUUAGAGGCUGGCAAGGCAGCAGUCUUGGACCUGGGAUGUGGUGAGGGCACUGCGCCCUGUUUGAUCGCGCAGCGCUUUCCGAAUGCAGAGGUCGUGGGGAUCGAUGCCUGGGCACCCUCCGUGGAUGCAGCCACCAAGAAGGCCGAAGCAGCAAACUUGACCAAUGCAAAGUUCAUUUGUGGUGAUGCGGCAAGCUUUGGAGACGGUGGCGCGUGGACGGCAAAAUUUGACUUGGUCACCAGCUUCGAUGUCAUCCAUGACUUGACCAACCCUGAAGCCACCUUGCGUGAGUGCCGCCGGGUCCUAAAGGCUGAUGGGUACUUCGCCAUGGUGGACAUUCGUGCAGAGACAGGUGUUGCAAAGAACAUCACGCAUCCCAUGGCGCCCUUCCUGUAUGCAGUGUCAUUGAUGCACUGCAUGCCGCAGGGAAUGAAUGAUGGUGGCCCGGGACUGGGCAUGAUGUGGGGAAGAGAAAAGGCGCUCUCCCUGCUGAAAGAAGCCGGAUUCCAGCCAGAGGUCGUCGAGAUGGAGUUCGACACCUUCAAUGACUGCUACCUUUGUCGGCCACUGCCCGCAGAGUAG